CCCCUCGCCUGGCGCAGCUGGAAGAGCCGCCAGCCUCGGGAGCCGAUGGCCCCCCACGUGAGGGAGUGAGCAACCUGGCCCCGCCCUACGGAUUGAGGGGGGACGCAGCAGCUGAGUGACCUGAGAUCAGGCUGCCGACCCCCUCCCACCAGUUGACGAAUGGUGGAACAAGCAACGAGGGACCCUUGUUAGGGUCUUGAAAUAAUGGUGGGAAGCAAAGCGUGAGCAUCCCGUGGUCACCUGUAACUUCUUGGCGGAAAUCGAAGCCUGAGUCCCCAAGCCCGCCCCGUGGACCCUCCCGGCCCCCCACCCCGGGCUGAUGGGGCCACUGGGGCCCCAAGCAGCCACCUGACCAUCCAGACCCCACCCUGCCAGCCAUGGCUGGCCCUGAGGGCUUCCAAUACCGUGCGUUGUACCCUUUCCGCCGGGAGCGGCCGGAGGACCUGGAGCUGCUUCCGGGUGAUGUGCUGGUGGUGAGCAGGGCCGCCCUGCAGGCGCUGGGCGUGGCCGAGGGCAACGAGCGCUGCCCGCAGAGCGUCGGCUGGAUGCCUGGCCUCAACGAGCGUACCCGGCAACGCGGCGACUUCCCUGGCACCUACGUGGAGUUCCUGGGGCCUGUGGCCCUGGCCCGGCCUGGCCCUCGCCCACGAGGCCCCCGCCCACUGCCCGCCAGGCCCCGAGAUGGGCCCCCUGAGCCAGGCCUUACACUCCCUGACCUACCCGAGCAGUUCUCCCCCCCUGAUGUGGCUCCCCCUAUCCUGGUGAAGCUGGUGGAGGCCAUUGAACGGACAGGGCUGGACAGCUACAGGCCUGAGCCACCCGCCGUGCGCACAGACUGGUCCCUGAGUGAUGUGGAGCAGUGGGAUGCAGCAGCCCUGUCAGAUGGUGUGAAAGGCUUCCUGCUGGCGCUGCCGGCGCCCCUCGUGACACCCGAGGCCGCGGCCGAGGCACACCGAGCCCUGCGGGAGGCUGCGGGGCCCGUGGGGCCGGCGCUGGAGCCCCCGACACUGCCACUGCACCAUGCGCUCACGCUGCGCUUCCUGCUCCAGCACCUGGGCCGGUUGUAUGAGCACUUGCCCAUCCCUUGCUGCAUAUACAGAAACAGUGGUGGGUCUCCCACGCCUGCCCGCAGCAUCUACUCUUCUCCCACUCGCGUGCUUUCACACGUACCCCCUGCCAGGUGUGCAAGCGCACACCAACACUCACCACACUCCCCUUCCCCCAGGACCGAGCCCACCCCCGACUUUCCUGCGCUGCUGGUGGAGAAGCUGCUUCAGGAACAUCUGGAGGAGCAGGAGGUGGCCCCUCCAGCACUGCCACCAAAACCCCCCAAGACAAAGCCAGCCCCCACAGGCCUGGCCAAUGGGGGCAGCCCGCCCUCCCUGCAGGAUGCCGAGUGGUACUGGGGUGACAUCUCCAGGGAGGAGGUAAACGAAAAACUCCGGGACACACCUGAUGGCACCUUCCUGGUUCGAGAUGCCUCCAGCAAGAUCCAGGGAGAGUACACGCUGACCCUCAGGAAAGGCGGAAACAAUAAGCUGAUCAAGGUCUUCCACCGAGACGGGCACUAUGGCUUCUCAGAGCCGCUCACCUUCUGCUCCGUCGUGGACCUCAUCACCCACUACCGCCACGAGUCCCUGGCCCAGUACAACGCCAAGCUGGACACACGGCUUCUCUACCCAGUGUCCAAGUAUCAACAGGACCAGAUCGUCAAGGAGGACAGCGUGGAGGCGGUGGGUGCCCAGCUCAAGGUCUACCACCAGCAGUACCAGGACAAGAGCCGCGAGUACGACCAACUCUACGAAGAGUAUACGCGCACCUCCCAGGAACUGCAGAUGAAGCGCACAGCCAUCGAAGCCUUCAAUGAGACCAUCAAGAUCUUUGAAGAGCAGGGCCAGACGCAGGAGAAGUGCAGCAAGGAAUAUCUGGAGCGCUUCCGACGUGAGGGCAAUGAGAAAGAAAUGCAGAGGAUCCUGCUAAACUCCGAGCGGCUCAAGUCCCGCAUUGCCGAGAUCCACGAGAGCCGCACAAAGCUGGAGCAGGAGCUGCGGGCACAGGCCUCCGACAACCGGGAGAUCGACAAGCGCAUGAACAGCCUCAAGCCGGACCUCAUGCAGCUGCGCAAGAUCCGAGACCAGUACCUGGUGUGGCUCACUCAGAAAGGGGCCCGGCAGAAGAAAAUCAACGAAUGGCUGGGGAUCAAGAACGAGACUGAGGACCAGUACUCACUGAUGGAGGAUGAGGAUGACCUCCCCCACCACGAGGAACGCACGUGGUAUGUAGGCAAGAUCAACCGCACCCAAGCUGAGGAAAUGCUGAGUGGCAAGCGGGACGGUACCUUCCUCAUCCGCGAGAGCAGCCAGCGGGGUUGCUACGCCUGUUCUGUGGUGGUGGACGGCGAUACGAAGCACUGCGUCAUCUACCGCACGGCCACGGGCUUCGGCUUCGCGGAGCCCUACAACCUGUACGGGUCCCUGAAGGAGCUGGUGCUGCACUACCAGCACGCCUCCCUGGUGCAGCACAACGACGCGCUGACCGUCACGCUCGCCCAUCCCGUGCGCGCCCCCGGCCCUGGGCCGCCGCCCGCGGCGCGCUGAGCGCGGAGCCGCGCCCCAGCGCCCGGCUGGAGGCUGGGCUGCCACCGCGUCCGAGUCUGUCCGAUCCGGCUCUCUCCUUUGUGAAUCUCUCCAGGUGUAUCUGUUUCUUUCUCUCUGCAGUGCUGUCUCUGUCUUCCUCUGGGUCUGCCUCUCUCUCCGUCUUUCUGUCCCCCCCGUCACUCUGUCUCUUUCUAGCUCCUUCUGUCCGUCCUCGCUCUCUCUCUCCCUCCCCGUCUCUGUGUAUCUGUGUUGGGGGUCCCGCCUCCCCACCUCCACACGCCCUGCCCCACAAUCACUGCCCUCCAACGGCUCUGGCACCCACAGCCUUGUGCCCUGACCCCCGCAGGCCUCCGGGGGUCCCCAGAGCCCCAGCUGGCUGCACCUGCCGUGUUUACAGAGGCCCCUGGGCUGCGAGGCCCCCGCCAGGUGCCCCGAUUUUUAAGCCAUAGACCUGGGGUCAGGGCAGGAAGGAACUUCGCUUGGCCACUUCCAAGAACCUCAGCCGUGACGUCUGGGGCCAGGCGGGACCUGCCCCAUAGACCCCAACUUCCCCUUCAAACCCUGAAGUGAAACCCGGCCCCGGGUUGUCCCCACCAUGGGGCUGCUGCCAAGAAGUACCCCUGAAAAAGAAAGUAAUUAAAAAUAAACUCACAGGCUGACCCCAGGCCUCCCAGGAACUGAGGCCACCAGCACCUCUGGGGCAGCCAGCACAUAACGCUGCCCACAGCACCCUAGUCAACGCAGACUCAAGGCUUCUUCUCCCAUCAUGUUGGGCUCUGAUUUUAUUUUUCCUUAAGUAUACCUAAAGCCCUCUUUUCUCUCCUGUUUUGAGACGAGAGCCCUGAUUUUCUAUGCCACCCAUGGACCCCACCCCCCUUUUCCUGCCUGUCUGGCUACGCUGGCAGGCGGGUUUUGUAUGGUACGUUGAUACUGAUACGGAUAUAAAACAUUGAACUCGA